AUGAAAGAUGGAGAUUUACCUGAAACAACUACACUUGACUCUUCUUUACUGGAUGCACUAAGUCCUAUCGCUCAUCCAUUGGCUGAUAAGAAAUUAGGAAAAAGAGUUCUUCGUACGGUUAAAAAAGGUUCUAAGCACCGAUUUAUUCGAAGAGGUGUGAAAGAAGUGGUUAAAGCGUUAAGGAAGGGUGAUAAAGGUUUGGUAGUGAUGGCAGGUGAUAUUUCACCAAUGGACGUUUUGACUCAUAUCCCAUUACUAGCUGAAGAAAACGGAUCGGGUUAUGUCUUUGUAACUUCAAAGGAAUCAUUGGGAUUAGCUUCCUCAACAAAAAGGCCUACUAGUUGUGUUAUGAUUUCAAACUCCAGUGCAGCCAAAAUCAAAGAAGAAGUAGAAGAAUAUGCAACAUCUUAUCAAGAAGUUUUGCAAGAAGUUUUACAACUUGUGAGUUGA